AUUAUUUUCUGGCGUGAUCUCUGCACCAGUUCUGGAUUUAGACGACGAACAGUUGUAUUGCUGCCGAUGUUUGAAGGAAAGAAUUCCUUUCGUGACCUCAGGACGUCCCAAAGCACUUUGUGCACUUGGGGUGUAGUCACUGUUGUAUGCUAAGAAAUGCAGCAGACACUUGGUGCACAGCAAGAUGCCACCAACAGCUAAUGACCAGGGCCUCCGUGUUACUAGAUCAGCUGUGCCCCAACAGCACACCGUACGCUCGCAGAAGAAUGACGGACGAACAGCUUGGAGUCAGUCCAUCAUCCUUGGGCAAUGUCUUUCCAGCUAUGUUGGAAUGCCAGGCAGACCUCUUGUUUCAAUCUGAGCAGAAGAAACUCAGCGAUGCAACGUUUAAACUGGACAAAUUAUCACAGGAGCUCGAUUCAAUGUGGUCCACACAGGGCAGCUGUGCGGCUACUGACAACACACAACAGGAAGCUAAGUUUCAGACCUAUCAAAAAGAUUACCCAGUGACCACUGUGGCAGCAUCCAACACAUAUGGUUCAAGCAAGUUGGAAUCGCAGAGUAAAUGCAGUGAGCUGUUGCCCAUUGUUAGUAUGACUCAAAGCCAGUCACCACAUCCCUCACAAGCCUACCCACAAUUGUUGACACCCCAUUGGUCUCCCUCUUCCUACGAUUCAGUCACUCCUCCAAUGAUUUACUCACAGCAGGAGUCACGCAGCCAGUUAGAUCGAGCUCCCUCUCCUCGUCCAAUGUUCCCUGGUUCUACAGGGCUUUACUCACAGCAGGAGCCACGCGCCCAGUUAGAUCGAGCUCCCUCUCCUCGUCCAACGUUUCCUGGUUCCGAGCCACGCACUCAACCAGAUCGCGCCCCCUCUCCUCAUGAUCGAGCCCCCUCUCCUCGUCCAAUGUUUCCUGGUUCUCCAAUGCUUUACUCACAGCAGGAGCCGCGCACCCAGUUAGAUCGAGCCCCCUCUCCUCGUAAAACGUUCCCUGGUUCCCCAGUGCUUUACUCACAGGAGCCACACACUCAGCCAGAUCGAGCCCCCUCUCCCCGACUAGGGUUUAGCCCCAUGACUCCACUCGAGAAACCUGACCCCACCGUCUACUCCCUCAUGUGUCCUGUCUACGAGUCCCAGUCUUCACCCAGUGGCACCUUGGAGCGCCUGUCCCCUCACCAGCCAGCCUUGUUCAGUCAGAGCCCGUUGGCAUAUCCCGGAACCUGCUACUCAUUAGAUCCGUUUACCAGAGUUGGCCCACGUGAGAAUGUUCAGCCGCUGCUCUCGGCUACCUUGAGGGCUCCUGAGCCUCAUAUACUGCCUUCUGAAGCAGAGGAUGGUUCGCUGGGAGGAAGAGUGAAGACUAGUUUUGCACUCGAUCCUGGAGCAUUCAGCGUCAAUACAGGUGACACGUUGAAGAAAAAGAAAAUGCCUAGUGUUUGGGCCGAGGCAGAUCUGGACAUCGCAUACGAGAAGAAACCUUCACAGACCCACAACUAUGAGAACAAGCACGAACAGAACUGGAACGCAGCCAAGCAAGGAGGCUCCUGGAGACAAACGGAUCUUGAUUUAGCAGUUUUACCAAACAAGGCCACAGGCAUGCGAAGCAAAGCCAACAAUUCAAUUCAAAUAUACGGGACGCUCCCCAAGGGCACCAGCCCCUCGUACCGGAGAUACGAUGUUGCCCACCUCGGCUCCCCACAUUCCCCCUGGCCCAGUCUGCCCUCUCCGAUACUGGCCCGGACCAGCAUUCCCCCAGACAGUCCACGGGCCUCUCCCAUCAAGGAACGUAGAAACGUCCUGCCCCUCUCGGUGCUGAUCAGACCCACCAUUGUGAAUAGGCGAGGAAGGCUCCCGGCCCCCACCAGGCUCCCUCCAGUGCACCCUGCAGCCACUGCCGUGAAGAGAUACCCACAGCUCCAACACGCACAGGAAGUCAGCAGAAAGAUCCUUGAUUUCCCAGCUCUGCCUCCGGACAACAGGCAUUCCCCCCUUCCCCUGGUGGAGGCGGGUGAGGUAGAGUCCGAAAUCGCCAGCAUCCUCCAGCCCAGCGACGCCGUGGACCCAGAGAGCAUCCCCCGGCCCCUCAGCCCCACCCGGCUUCAGCCGGUUUCUCUGCCGGACACCGAGGCCAUCCAGGACAUGGAGGAGCUGCUGCGGAUUCGAGCCGCCAUCCCCCGGGCGCUGAAGAGGCGGACGACCAUCGAGCAGCCGGUGGCGCAGCGCGGCCCCACGCAGAAGCGGACCAGCAAGUACCAGCAGCUGACCAAACUCUUCACCCGCAGCAGCCAGAAGAGGCAGCAGGAGCACGGCGAGGGCACCGCCUCCCCUGUGCCGGCGACACCUCUGAUCUCACCCACCUCGCCUCAGACCUCGCCCACCUCGGACACUGACCUCCCUAAGUCUCUCCCGACCCCAGUGCUGGAGUCUCCAACCCCGCCACCCGCGGCGCCUGUGACGCGUUCGAUCCUGAAGCAAGCCAACUGGUCUGGGCUGAGCAGGAAAACAAGGGCACGAUUGAACCCAUUGGUGGUCCUACUGGACGCAGCAUUGCUUGGGGAGAUGGACGUGGUGAAGCGCGUGGUGUAUGAGAUGAACGACCCGAGCCAACCGAACGACGAGGGCAUCACGGGACUCCACAAUGCCGUGUGUGGCGGCCACUACAACAUUGUCGAGUUCCUCGUCAAUUUCGGCGUCAACAUCAAUGCGCCCGACAGCUACGGAUGGACCCCGCUGCACUGUGCAGCUUCCUGUAACGAUUUGGCAAUCUGCACCUUCCUGGUGAAGAAAGGAGCGGCCAUCUUCUCGACGACACUGAGUGACGGAGACACAGCCGCCGAGAAGUGUGACCGUUACUUGGAUGGUUACGAGGAAUGCGCUCGAUUUCUGUUCAGUGCAGAGCAGCAGGCGGGGAUGAUGAACAGCGCUGUCGUAUACGCGCUCUGGGAUUACGAGGCGGAGAACAGUGACGAGCUCUCCUUCCGUGAAGGCGACACCAUAACGAUUCUGCGGCGAGGGGACAAGGAGGAGAAUAACUGGUGGUGGGCUUCACUCUUUGGCAGAGAGGGCUACGUCCCCUACAACCUCCUCGGAUUGUUUCCGAGAGUAAGGCCCGUGGUGUAAGGAGGGAGACUCGUGCUCUCUGUGUACUGGCAACGACUGACCCAUCGGACAGCAGUGGGACGCCGGACUCCAGGCCCCUUGAGCCCCACAGCCUGACAACGCCAGGUCACCCCUGAUGCCCACUGCUGUGGGGUUCGGACACUGGAACUCGAGCGGCAAUCUCCAACCCCAAGCUAUCCUUUCUCCAGACCGUCAGCUGCCGCUCUGCGCGUCAUCGAGCACAGGAAGGAGGCCGUUCAGCCCGUCGAGCCUGUGCUGUUCAAGCCAGUGAACCACAAUCGCACGCCAAUGCUUCAGUGGCGCCCCCUGCAAGGUGGCAGCAUCGACACUCUCCUUGUAUCUUCAUCAUUAAUCGCGCAAGAACCUUUCUGGGGGAACGUCUGGUUGAGACCCAGUUGACCGAGCGCUAUUUUGUCCUGCGGUUCUCUCUCUCUCUCUCUCUCUCUCUGUCUGCUUCCCACUUGGAGGAAGAGGAUUGCUCGCACUGCCUGUCAGCUCCUUCACGACUGGCAAGCAACCCUGUGGCACCAAAGGAUGAACUUUUCAGGGACCUUUUUUGUUGUAAAUAAGCUGGAUGUAAUCGAACUGGAGUCGUGAUUCAAUUUCCCUCGGGAAACAAUCUUCAUAUUCGGACUUUCUCUGUUUCUGUUCCGUUAACUGAAUGUACAGCUAGUGAUCAGAGGGUAGUCAUCUGAGCGCUUUUAUAUGUUUUGAUGGUUUGUACGGUUAUUAAAAUAAUAUUUGUGGA